AGGAGAAGAAUAUGUAAUCAACUAAGUUACUGGUCCUUUUAGAAUUGGGAACACCAAAAAACCCUUUUCUUCUUUACUGUAAAGCUCUGAAAACUUGCCUCCCCUAAAUUGCCCACAGAAUUCAUCCCUGGUAAUUACAGAUCAAAUAUAGAGAUAUGCAAGACCAGAGAGGACUUGAGGAAGCUUCAGCUUCUAAAUUGCGGAAAAAGAAAACAUCACAACAAAAGGCUCCAGUGUUGCAAAAAGAAGGGAAUAAGGCAAAAAGGAUACAAGAUUUGCAUGCACUGUCAGUUCAAAAUGGACUAAAACCCACCAAAAGAGUCCCAUCGAACGGAGUUUCCCCAUUAUUCCAAUAUGCCGAGAAAUCAACGCCUGAGUUCUCGACAGAUACUUCCACUUCUGGAAAUGAAUAUCGGGCAUUGAGGAGAAAGUAUCUAUUGCUGGAGGAAGAAAGUUUUGCUCUUGGUAAAGAAUUGAGAGAAGCCGAAGAUGAGAUUAAUGCCCUUGAAGAUGAGAAGUUAACACUCCUUGAUGAACUUGUUGUGUUAGAAGGCCUAGUUGAUCCUUGCCAGCGAUUAUGAUGGUUUAAAUCUGUGUUUCAGUAAAUUGGGAUAUAUAUAUAUAGAUUGUGUACAACAAUCCAAGUUCUGUUAGCAUAAAGUUGAGAUGUUAUAGUGGAGGUGGUAAUGACGCGUUAUAUAACAUCGAUUAGUCGUUUAUUGCGCGAUUAUUAGUCUAUAGUUCCUCCCAACCCACUCCCAAAUCAUGUUUUCAAGUUCUCUUUCUGGAUCAGACACUGUUCAAGUUCUGUUACUGGAUCUUACUCCCUCAAACUGCUGCGGAGUCUCAUUAUUGAUUUGAUUCAGAUCA